AUGUUUGCUGUUCCAGUUAGACAUUUAUUUGACAUUAUCAUGUCCAUGUUUGGUGCAUAUGGCAAAGUUAACGGAGUAUUUACAGCAGAUGAGAGUGGAACUCAUGUUAUUGUCUCCUAUCAUGAGGAAAGUAACGCACGUGCAGCAUUGAAGAAAUUAGAUGGACGCUGUUGUUCUGAUCUUGGAGGCCAUUCAUUGCACAUUCGCUACUCUGUACAAUCACUAGGCAAGGAAUUACUUGCAACGGUGGAUAGUCAACCAUUGCAACAUCUUGCCAAAAUAAGAGUUCAGCAUUACGGGUACGAGUUCCUUAAUGACUUUGGUCUUGUUCUAGCACCUCGAGGGGAAAUUACAGUGUGUGAUGAGGGUGAGCCAGGGAAAAGGCUAAGAGGUGGAAGUGGAUACGAAAGGGAAGGGACCAACUUGAAUAUGAUGUCUGCUUGUUUGAACUGUGGUGGUUAA